AUGCAGUCGUAUUGCUUUUCAUCGUUCGAGGGUGUUCGUCCACCAAAGAAGGCUGAUGUCACCUUCUUUGGGAUGCGUCUCGCCCCAGGGCAGCCUACAUUUGGUAUCUCUACACUGCAGGGUCCAGUUUUGAGGGAGCAACUCUUGUUCAAAACCCCAGAAGCCUCUCUCACCUCUUCUGACUUUAGAGACACAGUUUUUUACCUGUACUUGCGCACGUCGUCUGGAUUCGUUGAGUUUCCCCGCCCUGUCUUCGCAAACAGCGGGAUGUUGGCGACCAUAGUUCCCUACUUUAAGAUGUUGUUAGGCGGAGAUUCUGUUGAGGCAAACACCACACGUCUCCAUGACACUUCAGGCUCUGCUCAUUUGUUAGACGAAAGGUUGUCCGUUGAGGAGUAUGGGUAUGAAUGCGAUAGUGACCUAGAUGUCACUGAAGAGGAAUGGAACGGUGAUGAUGACCAGCACAACCAAGAGGCCCAUGAUUCUGAAGGUAUCCAAAAUGGCGAAGUCGGAUUGGAAAGCAUCAGAUCAAGCUCCGAAGCCUCAGUGAAUGAUUCUGACGAUCCUGCGUCAGCAACCCCUGGUAAACUUCCUGAUUUUCUACGGAAAAUUUGCGUCAAAGAUGUUGCAUUCAAGACGCGAGCCCGAUCUCGCGGAGAGUGGAAAGCGCUUGUUUUCUACACUUACACUGGGCGUAUAUCAUUCGCCCCUCUUCGAUCACAACCCCCGACGAGCACACAUUUCCACCAUGGGUCUCCCGACUACGCACCAAUGUGCUCUCCGAAAUCCAUGUACCGACUUGCUGAUAAGUAUGAUUUGAAAGUGCUUAAGGAACAGGCCCGAACGGACAUACAGUCCAAGAUAACUGCGCAAAACGUCGUCCCAGAGCUAUUCUCUACCUUUGCUUCCAGGUAUCCAGACGUACGAAAUCUCCUGACCGAAAUUUACGUUGCACACUGCGAUCAUCCCAACGUAACAACUGCCAUGUCUGUGUGGAUUGAGAAAGUCGUACGAGGGGAGUUGCCGCACGCGGAGGAAGCUUUGAACGCUAUACUUCGAGCAUUGGCACAGAAACUACACACGGGUUCCAUUUCGCCUUUACUAGAAACGCUGAGCGGCACGACGCAGAAGAAUUGA